GCAUCACCCAAACAGCUGAUCGUCCCCGGCCGUCAGUCAGCUGGCAGUAGCGAACCAGCCAGGAGUAGAGGGAGACAUUAUUUUACCUUUGUGUCCAGGGCUCCCGUCACGAUGUCUCUCUUAAUAGACUCUCUCAUCACGGUGUGCAAUGUGUCCACCAUCGGCCUGUGCGGGUUCAUGAAGGUGCCGCAGAUCUUGGCCAUCAUCAGGGCGAGAUCCACCAAGGGACUCAGCCUGGCCGCCUUGUGCCUCGAGCUGACCAGUUACUCCAUCAUGCUGAGCUACAACAUCUACUCCGGCUACGCCUUCAGCUCCUACUUUGAGUACCCGCUGAUGGUGACGCAGGAUGUGGUGAUGCUGGUGGUGUUCCUCUCCUUCACCGGCCGCCUCUCCCCAGCCGUCCUGGUUCCUGCUGUGGGUGCCUCCUACUUUGCCUUCUCUAUAGCAUCCGGCAGCUUCCCGCACGCCCUCAUAACUACUCUGGUGGGCUUGUGCACACCCAUCUCGGCCAGCAGCAAGGUGGUGGCCCUCGUCACCAUCAUCCGCCUCAAGAACUCAGCCACUGUCUCAGUGUCCUCCCUCUCCAUCUCUGCUUACACCUGCUUGACCCGGCUCUUCACCAUAUACGUGGAAUCGGCAGAUCCGGCACUCCUGAUGAAUUUUGGUACCUCGCUGAUGCUCAACAUAUGCCUCAUCACUGCAGCCCUCGUCUACAAGCCUCGGGUCAAGAAGGAGUGAAGGACCUUUAAGACUAAACCCAGAGGGAGGUGGAGUGAAUGGUAGAGCGCUGAGCUGACCACUGCUGCCAAGGAGUGGUGACCUACCUGGAAGUCGUGCAGACCCCCGUAAGUCCACCACCAGACAAAAGACCAUUCUUCAGAAGGGAUCAAGGCUUGUCAAGAGCACCAAUGUCCCGUAAAGCACUUCAGAUUACUUGGGGUUGUUGUGCUGUCCCACUCUGAGUCUGUUCCGUCUCCAACGUAACCCUUGUAGAAGUAGACCCUUCACUCUUUCUACUAUUGCCUCUGACCUUUGUAGUCACUGUUUUAUUGAUAUUAUCUUCGGUAGCAAUUAUUUAACGUUUAUCUGUAAGGAGACGUUUGUAGUGUGAUGUGUUUUCGACCCUUCACUUUUUCUACUAUUGCCUCUGACCUUUGUAGACACUGUUUUGUUGAUAUUACCUUCGGUAGCAAUUAUUUUACGUUUAUCUGCAAGGAGAUGCAUGUAGUGUGAUGUGUUUUCGACCCUUCACUCUUUCUACUAUAGCUUCUUUGACCUAUAUAGUCACUUUUUUGUGGAUUAUUUUGAUAUUAUUUUCUUUGGUAGCUUUUAUUUAACGUUUAUCGGCAAGGAAACGCACGUAGUGUCAUGUGUUUUGACCUUUCACCCUUUCUACUAUUUCCUCUUUGACGAUUGUAGACACUGUUUCGUUGAUAUUUUCUUCGGUAGCAAUUAUUCAACGUUUAUCUGCCAGGAGACGCACGUAUUGUAAUGUGUUGUGUUCCCUUAAGUUCAUCAAAUGAGUUAGAAUUCUCCCACUGAGAAUGUACGUAGAAUAUUUUGAAGUAUAGCAAGAAGUAUAAACCUCAGCCAUCCCACAUAGACAGAUAUUUAUUGAGCAUUUCAUUAAUAGAAUCCACUAGUCAUAGGAGCUGUUUGCUGUGGCUUCAGGUCUGUGCCUCAAAGUUUUCAGCUUAUACGUAAUUCAUGCUGGCUUUCUUGUGGCUCACAGCACUCAUUUACCUUACUGGCUGCAGGACUUAGCGAGCCACUCAAAGUCACUGCCAGGGGUUCCCAAGGGAGAUUAUAUAUGCUGGGGACCUGUUUUUGGAAUGAGAACAAGCAGGGAGAGGCAGGCUUCCUUUUUCAUGUGUGGGUUAGUGCCAAAUUCUUGCAUGAUCUGGAAAUGUGUUUGUCAUUAGCCUGAAGUUGACAAUAUGUUAAAUCACUUGUGGGGUAAACUAAAGUAUGUGAGCUUGGGUGCUGAAGUGUUUGACAAUACGGCCCUUAGUCUUCCAAAUGGCAGCUACUCUCCCUUCCUGAGAGGGAUGGAGAUGAAGUCAUGGCCAGUGAGAGACUAAACUAAGAAUGUGUGUGUGAUUUCUCCAGACUUCUCAUUCCAUCUUUUAAGUAUAAAUCAAUCUUUUAUAACUGCAGCUCUGUAUAGUUUUAAGGUAUAAGCUUGUUGAUUAUGAUAAAGCAUUUUUUUGUUUUAUAUAGCAAGUUAUAGCACAUAGUGGUGGAGCUAUGUGACUGAUAUUGUGUAAUGCAAGUUGUGAGCUCCUCAGGCAAUACAGUACCUCUCAUUAUAUUAACUGAGAGAAGAUGUCGUACCUUGUAUAGUAAAGCAGAUCAUAAUUGAACAUACAGUUAUACCUUGGUUUACGAGUGCCUCACUUUACGAGCAAAAAAAAAUCGUUAAAAAUACCUUGGUUUAUGAGUGGCAACUUGGUGUACGAGACAUGAGUGUGGGUUCCCUUCGUUCGCCGCAAGACAAGAUCACUCAGUGGAAAUGGGGUCUCAAUCGACGUUGUACACUUGCAGAGGUAGCACCCACGCACUCCUGUCUGCUUACGUUUGUGCUCUAGUGUGCGAUCUUUGUAUUUCCAGCAUACAGUGUGCGUUCGUUUUGGUUUUCAAGUUUGUUUGAUUUGUGAGCAAAAUUCUAUAAUGAAUUAAGCUCGUAAACCGAGGUAUGACUGUAGUUUUAGUGGUUUUAACAUAGCAGUAUGGAGUAGCCAAGGAAAAUUGUUGUUGUUACUAAUAUUUGCACUUGUUACAUGUCACAGUAUGUAGUUAUGUUGGUAGUCUGUCAAAAUUAUCACAUCACUGUAGCAACACACAUUUUGAAGACCUUGGGAUGUGAAGUCUUAUAGAGAGUACAAAUUUCUGGGUCCAGCAGUGCUUGCUUGUCCCUCAGGUAUGUACAAAAGUCACAUCGUUGGGAUCGUCUGCCACUUAUGUAAAGUAACAUGACAAAUAAUAUAUAUCAUAGAAUUUUUUUUUGUGGUAUAAAAUUAUGUUCACUCAAUGCAGUAAAAAUGUUUUGUGAAAGACUGUAUAAAUGCUUCCUUCUUUUG